UUCCCUGGAAAAUGUUGUGGAUGAUGAGCGCCCUGACGGACCUGGCGCUGUCCCAGGAAACCUACGCGCCGCACUCGAUCAGACUCGAGGGGGAUCUGACCCUAGGCGGCCUCUUUCCGGUGCACCAGCGCGGCGUCGCCGGAGAUCCAUGCGGCGACGUCAAGAAGGAAAACGGCAUCCACCGGCUCGAGGCCAUGCUCUAUGCUCUGGACCAGAUCAACAGCGACGACGAGCUGCUUCCCAACAUCACUCUAGGCGCACGCGUUUUGGACACGUGUUCGCGCGACACCUACGCGCUCGAGCAGUCGCUGACAUUCGUGCAGGCCCUCGUGCAGAAGGACACGUCGGACGUCCGGUGCACGAACGGCGAGCCGCCGGUGUUUGUCAAGCCUGAGAAAGUGGUCGGGGUCAUCGGAGCUUCAGCGAGCUCCGUUUCCAUCAUGGUGGCCAACAUACUGCGCCUUUUCCAGAUCCCUCAGAUCAGCUAUGCCUCCACAGCUCCAGAGCUGAGUGACGACCGCCGCUAUGACUUCUUCUCACGUGUGGUCCCACCAGACUCGUUCCAGGCCCAGGCCAUGGUGGACAUUGUGAAGGCUAUGGGCUGGAAUUAUGUCUCAACUGUAGCCUCAGAAGGCAGCUAUGGAGAGAAGGGAGUUGAGGCCUUCAUGCAGCUCUCACGAGAAGCCGGUGGAAUAUGCAUUGCCCAGUCCCUGAAAAUUCCACACGACCACAAACAAGCUGAUUUCGACAAGAUUAUUCGGAUGCUUCUUGAUACCCGUCAGGCACGAGCAGUGAUUAUGUUUGCUUCUGAUGAAGACAUUCGGGAGAUUCUUAAUGCCAGUAAAAGGGCUGACCAGCUGGGACACUUCUUGUGGAUUGGGUCCGACAGCUGGGGGGCAAAAAACAGUCCGAUUCAUGGCCUGGAGGACGCAGCAGUGGGAGCCAUCACCAUCCUACCGAAACGAGCCACUAUAUCUGGCCAGGAACGGAUAGGAAUCGACUCCAAGUAUGAGCAGGAGGGGAAGGUGCAGUUUGUCAUCGAUGCAGUGUAUGCCAUGGCACACGCACUACACAACAUGCACAAAGAUUUGUGUCUUGAGCAGUCGGGCGUUUGCCCUGAGAUGGAAGCUGCUGGUGGCAAGAAGCUGCUCAAAUACAUCCGCAACAUAAACUUCAAUGGAAGUGCUGGAACUUCUGUGACGUUCAACCAGAAUGGAGACGCACCAGGUCGCUAUGAUCUCUUCCAGUACCAGAUCAACAAUAACAGCUCUCCAGGUUAUAGAGUGAUCGGACAGUGGACAGAAUCACUCCAGCUUAACAUGGAGGACAUGCAGUGGCCCAGUGGUGAUCUCGAAAUUCCUGGUUCCAUCUGUAGCUUGCCAUGUAAGACUGGCCAACGGAAGAAGACAGUAAAAGGGAUGCCAUGCUGCUGGCACUGUGAGCCCUGCGAUGGCUACCAGUACCAGUAUGAUGAAACAACAUGCAAGCUGUGUGCCUACAACAUGCAACCCAAUGCCAACCGAACCGGGUGCCAGCCCAUCCCCAUCGUCAAGCUGGAGUGGCACUCUCCCUGGGCAGUCAUCCCUGUCUUCUUGGCAAUGCUCGGCAUCGUGGCCACCAUCUUCGUCAUGGCUACAUUCAUCCGCUACAACGACACACCUAUUGUCCGGGCUUCAGGACGGGAACUCAGCUAUGUGCUCCUGACAGGGAUCUUCCUUUGCUACAUCAUAACCUUUGUGAUGAUCGCCAAACCUGAUGCAGCCGUCUGCUCCUUCAGGCGCAUCUUCCUCGGCUUGGGGAUGUGCAUCAGCUAUGCUGCACUGUUAACCAAGACGAAUCGUAUUUACCGCAUCUUUGAAGAGGGGAAGAAGUCGGUCACACCACCUAGACUGAUCAGUCCAACAUCUCAGCUGGCAAUUACAUCAAGCCUCAUUUCAGUGCAGCUUCUUGGAGUCUUCAUAUGGUUUGGGGUGGAUCCUCCGAACACAAUAAUCGAUUAUGAUGAACAGAAAACCAUCAAUCCAGACAAAGCUCGGGGUGUGCUCAAGUGUGACAUCACAGAUUUGCAAAUAAUUUGCUCACUGGGAUACAGUAUUUUGCUCAUGGUCACAUGUACAGUUUAUGCCAUCAAGACACGAGGCGUUCCUGAGAACUUCAAUGAGGCCAAGCCCAUUGGCUUCACCAUGUACACCACCUGUAUCGUUUGGCUGGCCUUCAUUCCUAUAUUCUUUGGAACAGCUCAGUCUGCAGAGAAGCUUUACAUCCAGACCACCACGCUGACCAUCUCCAUGAACCUGAGCGCCUCCGUGGCUCUGGGUAUGCUCUACAUGCCCAAGGUCUACGUGAUCAUCUUCCACCCUGAACUAAACGUCCAGAAACGCAAGCGCAGCUUCAAAGCCGUCGUGACAGCGGCUACCAUGUCAUCACGCCUCUCGCACAAACCCAGCGACCGGCCAAACGGUGAAGCCAAGACAGAGCUGUGCGAAAACGUCGACCCCAACAGUCCAGCUGCAAAGAAAAAAUAUGUGAGCUACAAUGACCUAGUGAUCUAAGGACUUCCAUCAGCAGAGGGAACCAAUCGGUG